AUGGUCGCCUUUGCCUCCGAGGCACGACACAAUCAGAUUAUCGGCGAAUUGGGAGCAGAACAUCAGGAGCAGCUCCGUGCAAUGUGCAACAGUGGGCUUGCAGAAGUAACCAAGUUGAGGAAUGAAUUGGGCAAUGCUAACAUUGCGUUGUCGAUUCAGAGAUCUGAAAUGGGUCAAGGUGAAGCUCGUUUCCAGCAAACCGAAAGCGCGAGGGAACUCGCUGUCCUUGAAGCCAACAGGCAAGCUGAAGCUGCCCGUAGAGCUGUAGAGGAAGCUAACAACAACGCCAGGCGCCUUCGCGAAGUGGAAACUUCUGCCCGUCAGAAUGAUGCAAUGCGAUCACAUGAGGUCGCUGACAUGUCAGCUCGAAUGGAUGAACUGAUGAGGCAGCUUCAGGCCCAGCGUCAGCAGACCGAGGUGACACUCCGACAGAACAGGCUACGGACGCCGGAAGGCGAACCCCUCCGGAAGGUUCUAGCCCUGGUGGCAGUGGUGGCGGACCCGAUGGUAAACGGCCCCAGUGGCGGUGAUGAUGACCAUGAUCGUCACGAUCGGAAGUCCAAGAAGGAUAAGAAGCAUAAGAAGAAGAAGAAGAAGAAGAAGAAGUCGCGCAGGCGACGUAGGCGUGAUCCUUCGUCUUCCCCAUCUAGUUCUAGCAGUAGCUCUGGUGAUUCGAGCUCUUCCUCAUCCCGCAUUGAUAAGAAAUCGUGGUGA